AUGGCUGUGAACUCUCCACAUAUCUUUCUUCAAAAAGUCUCCCGGUUUUUCCAAAAUGAAGAUCUGCAAGGUUCAGUUUUUGAUAAAAUUGAGAUCUUUUGGCCAAACAACCUGCUUAAGGUUGGUGAUUAGCUAGCUGAGGGCAUAUAUUGUAAAUAUUGACUUGAGGGUUGCUACAAGCUACCAUCAAGCAUUAUUCUUGGCAAACUUAGGUCUUUCAAUAUAUUGUUGAUUGACGGAUUAUCUUUGACACCUAACAUACAUUGUUUUCGUUCGCAAUCUAAUCCUUCAGGAGAACAGUUGUAACUUGAUUUCUUGAUCAGAUAAAAAGUCAGAGAUGUUUAAAAAAAAACAAUUACAAAAAUAUUUAUUAGAAAAAGAGUCAUUUGACUUGUUUUAAGAUUCACUUACCUCUCAUCCUUCUCUCCUCUAGGAAGGAAUCGUUGUAGUUGACAGUCCAAAAUUUGGAAAAUCACCGAUCGUAGACGUGAAAGUAAAGGCGUACCUUUCUGAGGCCUUCGCAGUUAUCUGCGUCAUUGAGAGUUUAACUCAGCAACAAUGGGUAAGCUGCAUGGACAGGUGAAGUUAAAACACCCGCAGCGUUUUCCAUAGCAGGGCUUUCAUUUGUUUAAUUUUUGCAGCAACAUGUUUCAAAUUAUAAACUGACUAAUACAAUUAUCCCGCGGCAGACAAAGUCUUAGCCGCCCUUAUAUUGACGUAUUUGACUAAAUUGAUGAGAAAAAUUCGGCAGAAAGAAUCCAAAAUAGGAAUGGUAAGCUAUUAUCAUAUUAUUUUUAUAAUAAUCAAUAAUGUUACAGUUAACGUUAUCAUCAUCAUCAAUGUUAUUAUCAUUCUUAUGCUGAUCGUAAUUAUUACCAAUUACUUUAAUCAUUAUUAUUAUUACCAUGGCUGUAAUCAUUUUCUUUAUUACUAUCAUUUUAAUGCCCAGAGAAACCAUUUAUAACAGCUUUUGCUAAAGGGUUUUCCCCGGUUAAAUAUGUUAUUAUUAUUUUUAACUCCAUGUGUACGUUUGUCCUUAUAGAUGAAAGAAGCAAUCAAACAAUGCAGAAGAUUAUGUCUUGACCAUCUGGAAACCGCGUUAAUUUGUCCUCUUUUCCUAUGUACCAAUUGGCAUCAGUUAUCUCAAAAAGAGGCUGAUUCCAUGAAAAAUCACGUCGUCAGACAAUUCAGAGAAUACUGGCCUGAAGUAGACCCAGACUCUCAAAUCAUUCACAUAUCAUCGCCUUACACCACAAACUAUGGAACAGCUGUUGCAGAGUUUGCGUCGCUGAUGGAUGCCAUUAAAUCCAACGCCUUGCAAAACAUUAAAGCAACACUGCAAAUGCAGUGGAGGUACGUUCUGUCAUUACAAAAAGCUGCGUGAAGAUAUUAUGGUCCUAAUUUAAAUCUUAAUCUAGCUGGAGUUAGCAGUUUUCUUGAUUAAGUGAUGCAAUCUUUUGCAUCCCAUUCUUAUCUUUUUCUUGACUCAUUUUAAGAGGACCAAGUUAUGUUGCCCUUAUGUCUUGAUCUAAUGAGAUUCAUUCAUGUGCACAGUGAAAAUUAUAAUUUUACACAUACGUAAAGGCAUAGAAAAAUUACAGGGCCUUAUCUCUCUGGAUGGUUAUUGGAAAGUACUUUAUGGAAAAACUUUGGUAAAAGCCAUAUUCCCAAACGCCACAUGGAAUGAUAGAGUAUAAAUUAAAUAAACAUUUUGGUGUGAAAUAAACUUGAAAUUUGCAAAAUCUCCCAGGUGGCUUGACUUGGCCAUUUCACGUAUGGCCUACCACAUAAAAAUGGUCAUGGAUCUCCUUUGCCCGUCCACCGAUCGUAAAAUCGUUUCUGAUUUACAUGCUAAACACCUUAGUGACGUUGAGAUGUGGCUGUGCUCAGUUGAAUACGAGUUGCAAGAGCAUCUCAGAAAACUGGCAGACGACGCCGUGAAGGUACUGUCCAACCACCUCCAGUCUUGUGAAGUUAUGGAAAAAUUUACCUCUUGGACGCUUGAAGAUAUUCCACACGCUGGAGAAAGUUGGGAGGUGACCGAACAUCUUAUCCAAGAUGCAUUUAAGAAGCGACUUCAGAACACGAUUGCCGCUUGGGAAGAAAAAAACCAAAUUUUAUCCUACACCCGCACCUCUCUGGUCCAAUUGUCCCACCAGCGAUUUGAUAAAGGGAAGAGUCUACUUCCAUUCCGAUACCUAGAGAACCCCGUCAUCAUGGAUGCUGCUAGUAUACAUACUUUCCAGUCUUCAAGUGACUUCGGUGCGGCCCAAAAAGUUAUGAUCGGGCUGGCAAGUCCAAUCUGGGUUUCAAUCGGCCUAGCAGCUACAGUUUGUAGUGUUCCAGUUAUGGGUGCCAUAGGGCUUAAAGAGAAACUAAAAAAUAUGAAACGUUCAAGUAAAUACGAAAAAGGCAAACAUAGAUUUAUCGUGAAAGCCUCCCGUGAAUACCUUCGCAAUGUGGCUCAAGAGCAACAGCUUUGGUUGUUCGUGGAGAAGGAGCUCAAAGAUGUUCAGGUUUACCUUACGAAAGUUUCAUCUUGUUUGCGUGAGCUCACAGCCGCCGAAAAAAUACUAUGUCAGCAGCUCAGAGAUGAGACUCGCUCUAGGAAGGAAAUUAAAGAAUCCUAUGGCCCCUUAGAAGAGAUGAGUGUAAGAAUAAAGGAAAAGAUGGCACUCUUUUUUAUCAAAGAAUUACAGAGCACGGAAAUAAGUCGUAAUGACUUGGAGUGGGAUCGUGACGAUCCAACUUCACUUCUUGGGAAUGGAGCAUUCGCCUCAGUUUAUCGAGGAACAUUCAGGUUACCAGGACAAAGCGAACCAACACAGGUAGCUGUGAAGUUGUGGAUUAGAGAACUAAACGAAUCCACCGCAAUUGGCUUCUUUUUUAAGGCAGAAACAUUAAGGUUAGUGACUCUGGGCAUUUUACGCUGGAAUGCAUUUAGGGAAAAGUACUGUGCAUCAAAUAAAAAAUUAAUAAAUCUAGUUGCAGUUAAUAUAUAAAGGAGGGCUGUCUAAAGAAGAAUUUAAUGUGAUUUGACAGCAAUAGAAAUUAAGUUGAUUUAGCUAGAUUGGUAUGAUAACAUAAUAGUUGAAAAACACCGGCACAUUCGGGUACUUUGACAUCCAAACAAAAUUGGAUAAAGGUCGAUGCAAUUAUAUCUUUUGUAGGAAGCUUGACUUUCCCUUCAUUGUCAAGUUCUUUGGGACAGCAUUGCUGAAGGAAGUCGAUCGAUUGCGGGUGAUCGACGUUUUGGAAUUUUGCGAGGAAAACUUGAUGAAUCACAUUUUUCAGAAUCCUAAUAAUAUUCCUGGAUUUUCCGGAAUAACCUCUACCAAGAAAAAUGUACUGUGCUGGGCAAAGGACAUAGCUGCUGCCAUAGAGUUCAUACACAACCAGGGUAUUGUUCACCGCGGACUCAAGCUGGAGAAAAUUUUAGUAAGUUUCAGAAUAUUUUAAGAAUUUAAUUUCUAUAGUUGCUUCGAUUUCAGUAUGUUUUUGAGGGUCAAUUCAUCAUGAAUUAUCUAAUAAGUUAGCCAGAUAAUUAAGACUUACAAAUUAAAUGUAAUAGUUGUUAAAAUCCGCUUAAGUACUCUUUAAUCAAUCGUUCAUGGUGUCAAGUGACGAACUGCGAGUGCUUCCACUCAAUUUUGCAGAAGAGGCCUUGUUAUAGCAACUGUGCUCAUAUUAUUCACCUCUUUUUAUAGCUUUCACAAAGAAAUGUCGUUAAGGUCUCUGGUUUUCGCCUUUCUGAAGAGGCUAAGAUCAUUGCAGACAAGAUAACGGGAACUGAUGCCUUCCUUGCCCCGGAAGUGACCCGUUGCAAAGAAUAUGAUAACAAGGCUGACAUAUACAGCUUUGGUAUAAUGCUUUGGGAGAUGUGGUAUGGUAAGAGAGCUAUCCUUGAAGAAGGGGGACAUAUGUCGGACAAAGUGGCUAAGGGUGCAAGACCUUCACAUGUACAAGGCACGUUUCAGCCUCCAACUGGCUGGCAGGAUCUAAUGCAGCGUUGCUGGGACGGAAAAUCCCACAUUCGACCUGAUGCGACAGAGUGUCACAAGCUGUUGACUGUGCUCUUCCAGGAAGUUUACGAACCUCCUCAAUGA